UUUUUUUUUCUCUUUCUUCAUCUCAUUCAUUUCCAUUCUUCUUUCUCAUCCUUCCUCCUAAUUUUGCAAGGCAGCAUGAGCAAUACCACGAUUCCGUACACAACACCGACAUAUCUGGAAGCCAAAUGGCAAUCCCUCUUCGAGGGCCGCAAUGAGGCUCUAGUCACCCUUGCCAUCCUCUUUAUUUCACAUGAGAUCAUCUACUUCACUCGCUGUCUCCCCUACUUGAUCGCCGAUCAGAUCCCUGCUUUACAAAAGUACAAGAUCCAGCAAAAGACUAUCCAGAACACGGCUGAGAACCAAUGGAAGGUCUUCCGCUAUGUUCUCCUUUCCCAUUUCAUCUUUGAGUUGCCAAUGAUUGUUGGAUUUCAUCCUGUUGCUGUCUACUUUGGCAUGGCCAUUUCUACUAUUCCUUUCCCACCUCUCACAAAGAUGGCUGCUCAGGUUUUCCUCUUCUUUCUCUUUGAGGAUUUCUUCCAUUACUGGGCGCACCGCGGCCUUCACUAUGGUCCCUUCUAUAAGCAUAUUCACAAGCUACACCAUGAGUGGUCUGCUCCCUUCGGUCUCGCCGCAGAGUACGCUCAUCCUAUCGAAGUCUUGAUCUUGGGCACAGGCACCAUUGGUGGUCCUCUCUUGUGGUGCUGGUUCUCUGGAGAUUUGCACUUGAUUACAACUUUGACUUGGAUGACUCUUCGCCUUUUCCAGGCUGUGGAGGCUCAUUCUGGAUAUGACUUUCCUUGGUCUACUCAUAACUGGUUACCUGGUUGGUCAGGCGCUGAGCACCAUGACUAUCAUCACAUGGCCUUCACCAACAACUUCUCUACCAGUUUCAGGUGGUGGGAUCACAUCUUUGGUACUAACAAGAAGUAUCUCGCCUACAAGGAGAGACAGAAGGCCCAGAAGGCUGUCGAGCUUAAGGCACAGCAGGCCAAGAAGGCUCUGUAAACUCUUAUCUCAAUUUUGUAGUAAUUUUUUCCUCAUUCACGUAGAUCACAUUCGCCAUUUGUCAUAAUUAAAAAAUAAAAUAUAUAUAUUUUCGCA